AUGCCGUUCUGGACAUAUUUAAUGAAGGGCAGAGCUAAAGCCUUUGGAUUCAAGGCACAAAAGGACAAGGUGACCCUCCUGAUGUGUGGGAAUGCAGCUGGCUUUAUGCUUAAACCAGGCCUCAUUUACAAGGCUGCAAAUCCUAGGACACUCAAAAAAAAGAACACGGCAUUGCUGCCUAUGUUCUGGAUGCACAAUCCCAAGGCCUGGAUCACCAAAGUCCUUAUGGAGUGCUGGUUCCAUCAAAGUUUCAUUCCUCAAGUUAACCAAUGCUUGGCUGAUGUGGACAUGGAGUUCAAGGUCUUGCUAAUAAUUAUGGACAAUGCUGGUGGCCACCCUCUCGAUCUUUAUUACAAGGGAGUCAAGCUUGAGUUCCUCCCUCCCAACACCACCUCUCUCCUCCAGCCUAUGGACCAGGGCGUGAUCCGUGCCUUCAAGGCACUCUACACUGGGAACUCCCUACAGCACCUUGUUGAUGCAAUGGACACAUUGGAUGCUUAUAAUCAAGCCUUCACCACCAUGAAGAAGCAAGACAGCAGCUGCCAAUCACAAUGUUCAUCACACAAAAAGGACCCUCCAAAGCAUUCCGAAUCGCCUGAAGUAGUGCCCUUUGAAUCACCUAAAGAAGUGCCCCCAAAAUUGCCAGAGUCAGUGCUUCCCGAAGUGCCGCCUGAAGGUGAAGAGGUGCCCUCAAAGGAGAUGUAA